UCGGUGAUCGCCCUCCUCCUCAGCCAUCCAGGCUCGGGGACCCUGCGUCCUCGGAGCUCCUCCUGCCUCCUGUGCGGCGAGAGUUCGGUAAGCCAAGAUGGGUGCAUACAAGUACAUCCAGGAGCUGUGGAGGAAGAAGCAGUCCGACGUAAUGCGCUUUCUCCUGAGGGUCCGCUGCUGGCAGUACCGCCAGCUCUCGGCGCUGCACAGGGCUCCCCGCCCCACCCGGCCGGAUAAAGCGCGCAGACUGGGAUACAAGGCCAAGCAAGGUUAUGUCAUAUACAGGAUUCGUGUGCGCAGGGGUGGCCGCAAACGCCCAGUUCCUAAGGGUGCAACCUAUGGCAAACCUGUCCAUCACGGUGUUAACCAGCUCAAGUUUGCUCGAAGCCUUCAGUCUGUUGCAGAGGAGCGAGCUGGACGCCACUGUGGGGCUCUCAGAGUCCUGAAUUCUUACUGGGUUGGUGAAGAUUCCACAUACAAAUUCUUUGAGGUUAUCCUCAUUGAUCCAUUCCAUAAAGCUAUCAGAAGAAAUCCUGACACCCAGUGGAUCACCAAACCAGUCCACAAGCACAGGGAGAUGCGUGGGCUGACCUCUGCAGGCCGCAAAAGUCGUGGCCUUGGAAAGGGCCACAAGUUCCACCACACUAUUGGUGGUUCUCGCCGUGCAGCUUGGAGAAGGCGCAAUACUCUCCAGCUGCACCGUUACCGCUAACAUAAGUAAUGCUUGUAAAAUUCAUACCUAAUAAACAAUUUAGGACAGUCA